AUGCAUAGAUUUUUUAAAAGAAAAGCUCCAGAACCAGAAGAACAAAAUACUGGAAAUAUUACAGUUGGAGAAUUUGAUUUUUCACAACUACGAGCAGAUCCUGGACUAAGGAUUCCCAUUUGUUCUUAUAAUGCUAACAUUAGGGAUCAAGUUCGAAGGAUAUAUUUGCAAAAAGGCCCAUGUCAACCUUCAGGUUAUGAAUUCCCAAAACGAAAAUUUAGAGUAAGUCAAUUUAGACGGUUCAAUCCUUCAUGGUUUAAGGAAUUUGGCGAUUGGUUGGAAUAUAGUAUAGAAAAAGAUGCAGCGUAUUGUUUGUAUUGUUAUCUUUUCAAGACAACUAAGGGAAAACAAGCAGGAGGAGAGACUUUUGUUAGUGAAGGAUUCACAAAUUGGAAGGGUAAAGAUAGAUUAAAUAUUCAUGUUGGCCAACAUGAUAGUGAACAUCAUAAAGCUCGAAUGAAUUGUGAAGCUUUAAUGAAUCCAGAGGAGCACAUCCAAUCAAUUUUGCACAAACAGUCAAAGCAAAUACGAAAGUUCUGUUGCGACAAGGGAAUUCAUUUCGGGGUCAUGAUGAGACUGAAGGUUCUCUUAAUCCGGUUAACAUCACUGGAUAUUCAGAAGGAUAUAGUAAGGGCUUGUGCAACUAAAACAAUUAAUGUUAUUAUCAAAGAUAUUGGUAAUUCAUUAUUCUCUAUUUUAGUUGAUGAAUCUCAUGAUGUGUCAAUGAAGGAGCAAAUGUCAGUUGUUUUGCGCUAUGUUGAUAGUAGUGGGCAUAUAAAUGAGCGUUUUAUUGGAAUUGAACAUGUUACUAGUACUACAACACUCUCACUUAAAGCUGCUAUUGAUAAGAUGUUCGCUAAAUAUAAUUUGAGCAUAUCUAAUGUGAGAGGACAAGGUUUUGAUGGAGCAAGUAAUAUGCAAGCUCUUAUAGCUGUGGCCAAGAAAAAUCUUCCAAUUUCUAAUUUCUUUCGUACUGUUGGUGAUGUGGUAAAUGUUGUUGGAUCAUCCUGCAAACGUUCUGAUCUUCUUAAGGAUAAACAUUCAGAUUUUAUUGUUGAGGCACUAGAGAGGGAAGAUGAUUCCAGUUCUCCUGAUCAAAAAACUGAGGCAUUUAAUUUAUUGGAAUCAAUACUUUCAUUUGAUUUUGCAUUCAAUCUACACUUGAUAAAACAUGUCUUAGGGAUUUCGAGUGAAUUGUCGACGACAUUACAAAAGAAAGAUCAGGAUAUUGUAAAUGCAAUGGAUUUGGUACAACUAUAUUUCUAUACAGAUUUCAUCAAUGUGGAUGAUAUUGGCUUGAUGCUUGAAAAUUAUGAACAACUUUUGAGUGUAUCUUAUAACCAAGAAUCUUUUUGA